AGCAGCACAGCUUGCAUGGCUUUGAUUUUGGUGAUGAGCACAAGAACGACGAAAAAUUAAUUAAUGUGAAUUGGGGAAGAAUGAUGGAUCCUUAUCCUAUAAUUGUUGCUCCCAACUCCAACUCACCUCGAAUCAGGACACCGGACCGCCGCUUUGCUUCUUCCAAUCCAACACACCGCCCCUUCGUUUCCUCAAAUUCUUCUUAUCCAGAACCGCUUCUCCCUCGCCUCGUCUCGUCUCCAACAUUAACUCUAUAAUUCCUUCACAAUAGAUAGAAGCAAAGCAAAUACAACAAAGGCCGGCCGGCGCAUGCAUUUUUGAUAUAUCAAGAAGGAAACAUGAGAGAAGAAGAUGAGCAAACAAGAGGUCUCCAAGAGCUUCGCUCCAUGAUAUUUCACAUCCUCCGUUCACCUCCGCUUCCUAUCUCCUUUCCCACUUUCUCUUUAUUAUCCUCGUGGUCUUCGCAGCGCCCUCAAAUUUCUCCGGCCGCUUUCGGCUUGCUUUUCACUGGGAUUUCUAUUGCUUUAAUGCUGUUCGGUAUAGUUACUUUCCUCAUCGGAUUCGUUUUGAUGCCACUGGUGUUUAUGUUGGUAUUGCUCUUCUACUUUGCGGGGAUUGUUUCCAAACUGUUGGAAAUUGCUCGUACCAUUUUCUGCUGGCCGCUCUCUGAUUGCAAUAAGGUUGCGCCAGUGUGGAAUUUUUCAGGCUGAGGGAUACGAUGUUACAAAGUUGCAGAGUUGAUUAGGAGAGGAGCUGGCAAGCGUAGUACGUAAAAUUAGAUUUAGAGGUAAGUUUUGACAGCCAGAGUGAAGUAGGAUAGAAUGCCACUUUUGGAAUGUACAGGUAUAGCCGCUAGCAUAGCAAUUAGCAUGCGUGAAACAACUUGAUACCAUGAACCAUGUGUUGGUUGCCUGUCUGUAAAAUCGAUCAGAGCAUGUCUUCCUCGUAUUGAUUGUCUUUAGCAUUAAUUGAGUCUAGAAUGAUCCCAAAUUCUUCUACGUUAUUUGAACAGAAAUAAGAACCCAUUGACAGUCCGAUAAGCCCGCCCAAGACUACUGUAAUAAGAACCUGCUUUUUUCUUCAUGUUCUUUUGAUAAGAUAGCUCCCACCUUGGCAAAUCCCAAGAAAAGCAAUGGAAAAAGGAACAUGAUCCAUGUAUUCAAUUAUUGGGAAAAUAUGAAAAAGAAGUAACAACCCAAUUACCCAUGAGUAUGACCCUUACCCAUGCAAAAUAUACUUUCCCUCCUUUGAAAUCCUAGAGUCUUCUAUUGCCCUUCAAGUUUAGCAUCCUCCACACCUUGUCGCUUAAGAAAUGUCACCACCAAUUCACUUCCUACAACAUCAUACCGCCUACUUAUAAUUUCCAACAACCAUAGCGCAUAACACAAUUCGCUAGCUAUCUACAUUUAGUUCCGUUAUCAAACAUUAUUAAUUAUGUCACAAACAUACUCAUACAAUCCAGAGCAAGUACGUGGGAAAAUGAACCCUGAUUGGGGGCCCGUGGUGGUGGCGGUAGCUCUGUUCAUCCUGCUGUCGCCGGGGUUGUUAUUCCAGUUGCCGGCGAGGGCGCGGGUGGUUGAAUUCGGCAACAUGUACACCAGUGGGAUCUCCAUCCUGGUUCAUGCGGUUCUCUAUUUUUGUAUCUAUACCAUCUUGAUUGUUGCCAUUGGAGUUCAUAUACAUGCUGCUGCCUAGAUUUAUACUAUUCAAUACUAACUAUUUCAACACUACUAUUAUAUCUAUCUUGUGCAAUUAAAUUAAGUUCCCUCUUUUGCUUUUGCUUUGUCUUUCUAGCUUCUUGUGAGACGUACGUAGUAGAUACAUCUACUUGUUCCUAGCUACAUACCAUCCAUCUGAUUUUCGUUACUUGAUAUAUAGCAAUGUGAAAAUUUAAGCUUGUUUCCAUGAGAAUCGUUGCAGCUGCUUCCUGCCCAGAAUGGUAUGAAUUCCUCAAUUAUUUUGACCUCGCUGGGAGCUUGACAAAAGCUUUCACUAUAUAAAAUCCAGUCUCUAGCUAGCUUAAUUAUUAAGUUGCAGCCACGUAUAAAACUAUAUCUAAAAACCCAAUAUUCUGAUGAAUCAGCCACCUUCUGUUUCAAAUAAGCCUACUAAUUGGAAACUGCAAACAAUUAAUAAAAAGAGGGGAGAAGAAUGAUUAGAAGAAAAACUUAAGCACGUAACAGAAAAGAAAAGUGCGAAAUGGCUUCAUAUUUCUCAUAAUUAGAAGAUUGUGGGAGGAACACAAGGCGCCUCACCGAUCAUGAUGCAACUGCAGGCGAAACCCGAUAAAAGGAAAAAAAAGAAAAUGUUACCCCCAGAACAAUUUUUGUAUGUAUACGUCCAUCAGCCGAUGUAGAUGUGAAGAUGAACGGCGAGGGUCAUGAUAGCAUAGAGAGCACAAAAGAUGAAUGUGUGCAU